AUGUUUGUCUUCGACAUGAUCGAGAGUUAUAAAGUGAGUACCCAUAAAGAUCAAAUCACAUCUAAUCUUAAAGCAGUUAUCGAUGCUACACGCCAAUUCAAUGAUUACCAUAUGCAGAGUUUAGAACUUGAAAAAUCUGUUUCAGGAAAACUCGAAAAUAUGAUUAGUAAAGAAGCCCCAGAGUGCUCAGAACUCUAUGAUAGACUUAAACAAAUUCAUCAACAACUUCUUAAUCAAGAAGUAAAUUAUGUUAAACAACAACAGCGCUCAAUUGAAGAUAUUAACGAUAUUACAGAGAGAUUUCUUGUUGUUGUUAGACAAUCUCAAAAAUACGAAUCUGCAAUUACCAGCUACAAUCAAGCCGGAGAAAAUCUUGCUAAUUUUAUGACAAAAAUGCAAAUAGAAUUACAAAAAGAUCCAUCGAAACAAGAAAAGUUAGAAGUUACACUCGAAAAAUACAAAAAAGAAAAAGCAGAAGCACUUGAAAACUUAAAAUGCCAACUUCAAUUAUUUAUUGAAGAGAAAAGAAGAUUCAAUAGCUUCAGAGCUCGCAGAAUGUCUCAAGCCUAUACAUUAUAUGGUAAUGCUACAAAGACUUCUUCAGAAGAAAUUACUAAAUUAUCUUUUCAUCUCAAGGAAGAAGCUGAUAAGGUUAUGCUCCAAAUCACAGAGAGCGUAACAAAGCCGAAUCAGUAA